AUGGCCGCAUUUGUACUCGACUUCGGUGUAGUCGCACAUUUUCGCCACUUCAAUCUUGAGUAUCAACGGUUGAUAAAAGGGGUCGAGUCAAGUUUUGAAGACCGAAGCAUCCAUUUCCGGCAUCCACGGCACAAUUCCACUCCAGUCGGAACUGGCUCGAUCUUCCAGUUGGACAACGGAGCUGAGGCCCAAAUGGCGCAAUUCCCGGGUAAAUAA